AAGACCUUCUUGAAUGCAAGUUCGAACUGUAAUUAAUCAAGGCUCCAACCAGGACAAAACCUUUCGAAAGUGCACAACAUCGACUCGGAAUCUGAGAAAAACCCUUUCAUAAAUGAAACAAUUAAACUCAAAAUUAUCUCCAAUCAUAAAAACCGCGUCGCGAUGGACUUGAGUGCACCCCCUUCUUCUUCAAACAACUCUUUGGAAACUUUUCUCGAUCUCACGUCAGCUUUCGAGUCCGCCUACCAACCUCAUGAGCUCCACAAAAUAUUCGACGAUUUCAAAAAAAUGGAAGACGACGAAAAACUUCGCUACAUUUUCGAAAACUCCGUAUUUUCGGCAAUGAACAUCCAGCCCAUCACGCUUGAAAAGGACAAUGAAAGCAGUCAACGGAUGCGAAAAGAUGGCAACGCGGAAUUUGCUCAACGCAAGUUCGAGUCAGCCAUGUACUGCUUCACUAAAAGCAUUCUUUUGGCUGAGCAUUCCCAAGACAACAAAAACAACAACAACCCAGAAAAAACUUCAGACCUCGCAAACGCCUACUUCAAUCGCGCAAACAGUCUCUUCCAACUAAAACGCUUCUCAUGCGCCAUCAAAGACCUACGCAGAGCUCUCCAGUCCGGUUUCGCAAAAAACCAAUGCUACAAACUCCACGCUCUCGAGUCCAAGUGCUGGGAAAAGAUGGAACACUACGAAAAGGCGUUGAACACGUUCCGUUUGGCGUGCAAUUCUCAACCCGAGUCCGGACAAGGUGACAACAACGAGCCAGACAAGGCAGUGGUGAAGCGCAUCAAUGAACUCGCCAGCAAGGUCUUUGAGCAAAAGGGGAUUUUCAUUGACGACGAGGAGGAAACUGCUGCGAUUGCGGCUCCAUCUAGGGCAUUGUACAUUGAAAUUGGGAAAUAUCGUCCGAAACUUCCAGACACGAAAAAUACCAAGUUGAGGGCAGCCAGUAGUGCGGUAGAAAUGCGGUUUUCCAAAGAAUCCGGGCGACACCUGAUUUCGAAUCGUGACAUUCCUCCAGGGGAAGUCCUGAUUAUGGAGAAACCUUUCGCCCAGGUGCUGAUGCCCAAACACUGGCAAACCCACUGCUUCCACUGUCUCUACCAAACCGAUGUGCCUGUUCCUUGUUCAACCUGCGCCAUGGUGAUUUUCUGUUCAGAGUCUUGCAAAGAAGCAGCAACAUACCACUCGCACGAAUGCCCCAUCCUGGGAAAUUUGUCGGAAGAAAACAUGGCAACUCUUACAAUUCUCGCCACGAGAAUCGCUCUAGUGGCCGGUUUGGAAUCUAUGAGAACAGCAGAAAAGUAUUUACAAAACUUGGAUAAUCCGGAUUAUCCGGAAUCCAUCGCAGGCCAGGCGUGCGAAUCAAGCGAUUACCUCCAGAUUUGCGCGCAAGUUACACACAAAGAGAAAUGGAGCGGAAUGAUGACUUUUCAAGUGGGACUCAUUGCAGCAUAUGUAACGUUGCUGCUUGAAAAAACCGGUUAUUUCGGCUCUUUCGAAAACACCUCUCCCGCCAAAAAUACUAAAAAAGCAGAAGUUCUCGCCAAAAUGCUCAAGGAAACCAGUGGAAUGCAACCCCCAGAUCAAGCCGUGCUGAACAAGGGGUUCAACAGAAAAUCAAAAUACACGACAUACUACUCUACGAUCCCUUCAGAAAAGAAGGAAAACAUGCUGCUGGUCGGCAAGUUCCUCAUGCGACACCUAAUGACCCUCCGCAGCAACAGGUUCUCCAUAACGGAAACCCUAGUGGAGAGAGAAAAGCCCCAGGGUCAGAACGUGACUUACAAGAGCUUUGGAAGAGCAGUGUGCGCAACACUGAGUCUUUGCAACCACUCUUGUUGCUGCAACACUUGCUGGGAACUCAUCGGAGACCACAUCGUACUGCGGGCCAUCAAACCCAUCACGGCCGGAGACGAGAUAACCAUGACGUACGGCCACAAUUUCCACACAGACCCGUACGAACACAGACGACGGGUGCUACAAUCAGACUUCAUGUUCACCUGCACAUGUGAGGCUUGUUCAGAGCACUGGCCGACAGUCCGCGAGUCCAUGGAAAGACCACCCGCGUUCAGGUGUCCGUCUUGUCGCUCAGCCAUGCCGGAAACGUCCAGCUGUCCGGAAUGCGGAAGAGACUGCCAGCAAGAAUUCUUCCUCCUCGCAAAUAGUUGGGAACGGUUUCAAGUCGCCCGGGCGAAAAUCGACGCACUCGAAAUCACCGAGGCGGAAUCCCAAGUCCUUCGUCACGUCGCUGCCGUCGACGCCGUGGUUCACCCGAGCAACAUCGAACACGUCAUGGCACUCGACACUUUCAAGCAGAUCUGCAUCCUGUCCGGCCGCGUCACCACGAAGAACUUUUGAAUCGACUGUUUCGAAAAAAAAAAGGCAAAAAAGGGUUACAUUUGUAGGCAACGCAGUCGCUCUCUUCUUUGUCAAUUUUCUCUAUCGAAGUUCUUUCAAGCAAACAGUUUUUUUCCAUUCAUUGUGCUCGUUUUCCGAAGACCUGCUCAACAUUCUUUUUCGCCACACACGUUUCUAGCAAAAAUUACGACACAUAAAAUUGCGAGGAAAUCCAA